CACAAGUGAAAUAAUAUGUUCUCUAAAAUCGUAGCUCUCUGUGGUUUGGUGGCGGUGUGCCAGGCAGGUCUGCUGCCCGCUCCCGUGCACUACUCCUCCGCCGCCGCUGUCUCCUCACAGAACAUCGUGCGUCACGACCAGCCUGCCCAGCAUGUGGCCGUCGCCGCCCCCGUUGCCUACCAUGCUGCUCCCGCAGUCGCCUACCACGCCGCCCCUGCCCAUUACUCCUCUGCCGCCGCUGUGUCAUCCCAGAACAUCGUGCGUCACGACCAGCCCGCCGUACACGCCGCCCCCGUAGCCUACCACGCCGCCCCCGCCCACGUCGCCUACCACGCAGCCCCCGCUGUCGCUUACCACUCUGCCCCUACCGCAGGUCUGCUGCCCGCCCCCGUGCACUACUCCUCUGCCGCCGCUGUCUCCUCACAGAACAUCGUGCGUCAUGACCAGCCUGCCCAGCACGUGGCUGUCGCCGCCCCCGUCGCCUACCAUGCUGCUCCUGCCGUCGCCUACCAUGCUGCUCCUGCCGUCGCCUACCACGCCGCCCCUGCCCAUUACUCCUCUGCCGCCGCUGUGUCCUCCCAGAACAUCGUGCGUCACGACCAGCCCGCCGUACACGCUGCCCCCGUAGCCUACCACGCCGCCCCCGCCCACGUCGCCUACCACGCAGCCCCCGCUGUCGCUUACCACUCUGCCCCUACCGUCUCCUACCACGCCGCUCCCGUCGUUGCCCAUGAAGAGUUUGACGCUCACCCCAAAUACGAGUACAACUACUCUGUUGCUGACAGUCACACCGGUGACAACAAGUCCCAGCAGGAGGUCCGCGACGGAGAUGUUGUGAAGGGCUCUUACUCCUUCCACGAAGCUGACGGCUCCAUCAGGACCGUGGAGUACUCCGCUGAUGACCACCACGGUUUCAACGCUGUGGUGCACAACACCGCCCCCACCGCCGCCCCUGUGCUCGUGAAGGCCGCUCCCGCCUACAACAUCGUGCGUCACGACCAGCCUGCCCAGCACGUGGCCGUCGCCGCCCCCGUCGCCUACCAUGCUGCUCCCGCCGUCGCCUACCACGCCGCCCCUGCCCAUUACUCCUCCGCCGCCGCUGUGUCCUCCCAGAACAUCGUGCGUCACGACCAGCCCGCCGUACACGCCGCCCCCGUAGCCUACCACGCCGCCCCCGCCCACGUCGCCUCCCACGCAGCCCCCGCUGUCGCUUACCACACCGCCCCUACCGUCUCCUACCACGCCGCUCCCGUCGUUGCCCAUGAAGAGUUUGACGCUCACCCCAAAUAUGAGUACAACUACUCUGUUGCUGACGGUCACACCGGCGACAACAAGUCCCAACAGGAGGUCCGCGACGGAGAUGUCGUGAAGGGCUCUUACUCCUUCCACGAAGCUGACGGCUCCAUCAGGACCGUGGAGUACUCCGCUGACGACCAUCACGGCUUCAACGCUGUGGUGCACAACACCGCCCCUACCACCGCCCCUGUGCUCGUGAAGGCCGCUCCCGCCUACGUUGCGCCCGCCCACUACUACCACCAUUAAAAAAUCUCACUAGUCGUCUAUGACAGUCAUUACGAACUGUGAUAAUAACUUAUUAUGUAAUAGCAAUACACGA